UAACAACAACACAAGCUGGGUGGCACUGCUGGUGGUAGACUGUGUUUAGUUAGGUGGCAUUACUGGUGGUAGACUGACACGCUCGUCUAUCCCAGCCUGAGUGCCACUCCUGGUGGUAGACUGGCACUGGAGAGUUCGUCCAUAUCAAGCUGGCUGGCACUACUGCUGGAAUAUCCACUCUUGAAUUAUGUCGUCGACUUGUGAACUUUCAUACUUUGUUUUGCCAAUGAUGCUGAGACCUGAAACCCAGGAUUAAAGAGUAGUGGUUUGUCUUGGAAUAUGGUCACAUUUACAGCUGUCCUAAUGGCUGCUGCUGAGCUGUCUUCAUUAUUUUCUAUAAUAGGAGUUCUAGUAUGCUUUGCUGUCAUGGCUAUUUUUAUUAUCAGUAUUUGCAGGGUACAAGGUGGAAAUGUGUUUGGCAACAGUGUUGUACAUUUCAUUCCACCUCCCAUGGCUCAAGUUGAUUUCCAGAAAGUUCCUGUUCCAUUCUCUCUUGAGUUGCACAAGCCCAAGGAUGCAUCAUUUGCAGAUGUUCAGUUGAAGCUACGAAGUGAAGUGUCAUAUGCUCUUCGUAGUUUCUGGGGUGUACCAUCAGAUCAUCUUCACUCACUUCUCUUAGCUCCCUGGUCAACAUUCUUCAUGCAUAUGAUUGAAAAACCUUCAAUUAGAGCAGAAGUUAUAGAUGAUGUCUUAAGAAAUGAUGUUACUGAGGAAAAUGUGUGCAUAAAGCAAGUGAACCUGUGUCCCAAUUCUCCACCACUGUCUCUUGGAGAGUCCCCCAGAAAGCAUUACCCACUGGUUGUGUGUAUGGUGCGCCAGGAUGCACCUCAGCAUACUGAUGGAAGUCAAGUGGGGGCACUGAUUACCAUCAUCCACAUCAAGGAUUCUGUGUGUCAGAUUCCCUCCUGCAUCCUCCAUCAGUACCUAAAGCAGUACUCUGGUCAGCUGACCAAACUACAGGUUUUGUACACACAAGUAAGUGAUUCAAGUCCAGGAGGUGAAAGCAAGAGCACCAAUUCCUCUGAUAAAGUACCUAGAGCUGAGAAAGUUGAUGAGACACAAGAAGAAGAAGAAAUACCUGAAAUACCCUUAGAGGAAGCCUGUGUUAUUUGUCAGACCAAGAGGACUACUCGUGCCUUACUGCCUUGUCGUCACGUGUGUGUGUGUGAUACUUGCUGUGGUCGCUUGGAUAACUGUCCCAUGUGCCGUGCUCGUAUCCUUGCCUACUUUCUUAUAGCUCCAGAAGACCCAGCAUCUGCUCAUGAGGAAGAAACAACAGAAAUACUAGAGCCACCCUCAGCUUGGAGACGUUUGCAUGAUGCAGUAAUGCGCAUGUUUGUAGUACAACAGCAACAAUAAAACUAGGAAGGUGUAAUGCUGUGGAAAGUGAUGUCAGGAAAAUGUAGUUAAUCUUUAUUAGUAAAUGUGUGUUUAAGUAGUAUGGAAACACUUGUAAUUUAUUAGUACAUACAUACAUGGCUUUAAGUAUGAUUCUUUUCUGCAUAAUUGUUUUGUACAUAUGACAGUAAGGGGCACCAUCAUGCAGUUGGUAAUACUAUGAUUGGAAUUACUAAUCAUGAAAAAGGGUUUGCUUCCUUGACCAGUAGGGCUAAGAGAGGGCUUGAAGAUAAGAUAGACAUUGGUAUUAAGAUUAUGGACAAAGUUAACUUUGCAUAUGUUAGGGUUACCACCUCAAAAAAAGGCAAUGUGAAAUGUAUGGUAGAACCCCCGUAUCCGUGGGGGAUACAUUCCAAGGACCUGCCAUGGAUACCAAAACUGUGGAUAGUAGCAAACCCUAUAUACAAGUCCUAUACAUACCUUUUAUGAAGUUUAAUUGAUAAAUUAUGCACAAGUGGAGAAUUAUCAUUUUUUCACUGAUUGGAAGCACUUCACAGCUUUUCUUAGGCUUUGAAGAACUGCCAGCUUCUCUACUUCUACGCUUUGGGGCCAUUUUUAUGCAAAAUUUAUGGGUAUUUUUGGGCCAUAGUAAACAGUGGAUAACUGAAACUGCAGAUACCAAAUCAGUGGAUACGGGUUCUACUGUAUAUAUGUUUGCUUUGUCUUUUGUGUAGCAUGAAAUUUUUCUUAAUAAUGUAACAAAAUAUUUUUUUUGCAUCUUUUAAAAGAUGAGUUUUAUAUUCAUUUGCCAGUUGAUGACAAAGAAAUAUACAGGAGAUAUAAAUGAAAUGAUUCAUUGCAUUGCUGGUGUGGUUGUACAAUGAAUUCCUUAGUAAAACUUAAAUUGUUCAUUUGGUAGUUACAGUGAGUAAAUCACAUUUAAAGGAUUUUUCUUUGUAUUUAACUGAAAGUCAAGUAAUUCAUAAAUUUGCUUAUUUAAACUUAUUUGCAUCUGCUUUUGUUUAUUUUUGUAGUUAUGUAUAUUUUAUUGUUUAUCAAAAUUAUACAGUACUGUUAUGAAUAUUUUUCAUCUUGCAGUAUAUACUUAUAUAGAAUAGAACACUCAGUAGGUGAAAAGUGUUAGAAUUAUCUUUUUCUUAGGCAGUACACAUUAGGCAAGUUACUUCAUUAUUAUUAUUAUUAUUAUUAUUACAAUCAAAACUAAGUGCUAAACCAACAAGGGUCAUAGAGAGUGACUUCAUUACUUCAGGAUUUAGUAUUAUCAGAGUAUCUGUAUUACCUCUGUUUUGUACACUAGUUUCAGAAAUGUAUGCAUUGGUUUGCUUUUUAAUAAAAUUUUUUUUAUAA